AUGUCUGCUACUCCCCGAGUCUUCAUUGUUCGCCACGGCGAAACCGAGUGGUCCCUAGACGGGCGUCAUACGUCAACUUCUGAUAUUCCUCUCACCGCCAACGGCGAGCGCCGAGUCCGCGCGACGGGGAAGGCCCUUGUCGGCCACGAUCGACUCAUUGUCCCUCGCAAGUUGGCGCAUAUCCUCGCUUGUCCCGCCGAGGUCGAGGUCACUGGCGCCGUGCGAGAGUGGGACUAUGGUGACUACGAAGGCCUCACGAGCGCCGCCAUUCGCAAGGGAGGACCGAAGCUGGAAUCCAAGGCUGGUGGGAUAUCUGGAAGGAUGGAUGUCCGGGUGGCGAGUACAAGCGCCGCGGAUGUGACGGACCGCCUUGACCAGAUCAUCGAAGACAUUCGCCAACGAUGGCACCGUCCCGCCUUUGAGGAUUCCUCUCUUAAUGGCGAUGUCCUCGUCGUAGCCCAUGGUCACAUCUUACGUGCCUUUGCUAUGCGUUGGGCUCGCAAAGGACUGGAUGAGGGCCUUACGUUCCUGCUCGAGGCUGGUGGUGUAGGCACCCUUAGCUACGAGCACCACAAUAUUGAUGAGCCUGCUAUCCUCUUAGGUGGCGCAUUCGUUGUGGACUUGGAGAAUGAAGUGGAUGUCGUGUAUAAAGAAUAA